UACAAUAUGGCUGCCAACGUGUGUAUAGUUUUUCUCGUAUGGAGCAUAUCGCUAUAACUUUCUUUUAUCCUCCAAUGAUGCGAUGAUGCACCAGUAAGCAUAUAUCACAUAUUGCAUAUAUUGCAGUAUAAUAUGAUCUUGUAUUACCUUGGAAAUCAACACGUCUUAUGACGCAUCUGGGUGAAAAUCUGAAAAUAUCGACCGCAUGGUAAUGAACUAAGCGAGUAACUGCCACAAUGUUGGCGAUCUCUUCCCCAUCCCUACGUACAUUCGUCAUCAAAUCUAAGGGUUGCUACAAGUACUGCAAGAACAUCUACAAGUUACCACCUAGAAAUGAAUAUGCCACAAGCACCGGCCCGAAAGCUGCACUCGCGGAAGCCGUCAAGGUCGUGGAGGAGAACACAGAAGCAACUGUGCCUUGCCCUCAGGCGCAGGCACUUGACAGCGAUGUGUUGGACACUCAUCCAAACGUAAAAACGGGUGCCAUCGACAGCAGUCCUCCCCUGCUGUUUCUGCGGCAAUCUGGGAAAGUUGUCGACCUUGCCGGCAUGUCCAAGGAUGCAAAAGAGUUUUCCUUGUUGCACCUCCGCAGCGAAGGGAAUCUCGUCGACCUGCAGCCAACGCACGCUGCGCAGUCCAGACGCGAGGAGCCGCAUCCGACGGCCAGUGGACCACAGUGGCACCGCAGAGAGAUACAACUCUCGAGGUUGCCACACUAUUACAUGGCACUCAGCAAGAUCCGGCUGACGGCCCUCGUGGUGACAACAACUGUAGCUGGUUAUGCAAUGGCUCCGGGGCUUCUGGAUCCCACAGUGCUGCUCUACGCAACGGUCGGAACAGCACUUACAUCGUGUGCAGCAAAUGCAGUCAAUCAGUUUCUCGAGGUGCCAUAUGACUCGCAGAUGAACAGGACCAAGAACAGGGUGCUGGUCAAGGGGAUACUCAGCCCACUGCACGCAUUUAGCUUUGCAGUGGUGAGUGGCACUCUAGGCGUGAGCAUGUUGUGCGGAGGAGUCAACGGCUUGACAGGUGCCCUUGGGGCAGCAAAUCUGCUGCUGUACACCUGCUGCUACACACCCCUCAAGCGCUGUUCCAUAGUCAACACGUGGGUAGGCUCUGUGGUGGGUGCCAUUCCACCCAUGAUGGGCUGGGCUGCCUGUACCGGAUACCUUGAUCUCGGUGCCUGGGUGCUAGGCGCCAUCCUCUACUCGUGGCAGUUCCCGCACUUCAACGCCCUCUCUUGGAACCUCCGUCCAGACUACUCCCGAGCAGGGUACCGCAUGAUGUCCGUCACACACCCGGCCCUUUGCCGCGUCACGGCGCUCCGGCACAGCGUGGCCCUCCUCGCCCUGUGCUCCGUGGCAGCUCCCCUGUCCGGGCUCACCACGUGGACCUUCGCAGUGGGGAGUGCUCCGCUCAACGCGUACCUCGUCCACAGGGCGUGGCGCUUCUACAGCGACGCCGACAGCGCAUCAUCGCGGGCGCUCUUCCGGCUAAGUCUGGUCUACCUGCCAGCUCUGAUAUUGCUUAUGUACGUGGCGAAAGACAGGAGCAAGAAGGAGUCUACUGCGAUGAAAGCGAAGAUAAUUUAAUGUGUACAGUAAUAAACUAGGAAUUAAAUGAGAAGUUGCACGGGA